CAGCGACGUCAUCACCACCGUCGCAUCACUUGUUCGAGCACGAACGCAGCAGUGGGCACCGCUCGCUCGCACACGCACGCACGCUAGGGUACGCUAACCCGCGCACGCGUAGUCAGGCAGCCGGGGUCACGGCAGCGCGCGCGCACGCACGCCAGAGGGAGAAGAGGGUAGACGAUGUCCGCGACGUGCGUCGGCAUCAUCGGGGCGCCCCUCGCGCUGAAGGCGCGAGCGGCGGCGAAGGGCGGGGCGAGGUGCGCGCGCGUCGUGCGCGUCCUCGCGAAAGCCUCCGGGGCGAAUGACGUGAAUGGGAAAGCCGGUUUUGCCGCGCUCGCGGCGGCUCCCGCGGCGCUCUGGGCGCAGGCAUCCGCCGCGGCGGAAUCCACCGAGGUGCAGAACGCGGCGAUCGCCGCGCAUCAGGCGCUCUGGGACCUCGGCGUCGCGGACGAUCCCUUGAACCCCGACCAGGCGAAGGAGAUCGCGGGGAUCCUCGGCCCGGUCUUCUCGGUGUCCACCCUGCUGUUCAUCAUUCGCAUCGUGAUGACCUGGUACCCGUCGGUGCCGGUGUCCAGGAUGCCGUGGGUUAUCGCGUACCUGCCGACGGAGCCACUGCUCAAGCCCACCAGGAGUCUGGUACCCCCCGUCGGCGGCGUAGACGUGUCGCCCAUCAUCUGGGUCGGCAUGAUCAGCUUCAUGAACGAGAUCCUGCUCGGGAAGCAGGGCCUGCUGGUGCUCCUCUCGCAGAAGCAGGUGUUCUGAGGUGGACGCGCGCGGGGUGGGAGGGAGUAUAUUAGCACCGCACGUUUGUGAUGACCAUUCUUUAACUC